GCGCCAUGAUGAUAAAAAAUAUGUAAGAAAUGUACUUUGGCUUGGGUGUGGGAUUAGCCAGGUGCGCAUGGCCCUGUGACCCACCGCUUGGCAGCACGCUCCUGAUCCACACGAAAGCAAUAACUCACAAGAAAGCAAUAAGCCUAAGAACAACGGCAAAAAUCAGAAAGAAUGGAAAAACCCUAAGAAAACUUUGUCUACAUCAGGAGGAUAUCAGCUUAGCUGUGAGCCAAAGCAAGUCUAAAAUCUGCGCCUACCAGCCUGUUCCAAGGCCCUAAUUCAACACCAAUAAAGUCACCAACACAGUCAAAACAAGCCACCAACACAGUCAAAAAAAUACACCAACACAGUCAAAAAAAAUACACCAGUACAGUCAAAAAAUACACCAGCACAGUCAAAAAAAUCUACCGACACAGUCAAAAAAAACACCAUCAAAGUCAAAAAGAGAUACCAAAAACGGCCCCGCCAAGUCCCCGGUCGAGACCCAAAACAACGGCUCUAUGUAAAGCCGCUAUCUAUAGGCCCGCUUCCAAAGGCCCCAUUCCUGGUGGCGCGGCCCCAGCCCCAGCUCCCGCAUCUACAAAACGCUCAGCCAUUUCCCACGCCCUUCCUG